AUGUUCGCGCGGCUCGCGGGUUACGGGGUUAUUUCUUUACUGCUUAAGUGGUUUGCAAUGGAUUUUCUCCAGGAAUAUGAAAGUAGUGAUUCGGAAGCGACAGAUGUUUAUAACAGCACAAACAUUGACGUUAAAGCUAGCGACAAGGGUGCUUCAACGAGUGUUGUAAAUGUGAGAGCUGUCCGACAAGUGUAUUUAAUCACCUAUAGUCAGGCGGAUUUACACAAGUUCCCUGACAGAAAUUCCUUCGCGCAAGCUGUUCUCCGCUCUUUUGACAGUAGUAACACAAACGUUGAACACUGGGUUUGUUGUAAGGAAGUGCACGAAUCCACGGGGGGAUACCACUAUCAUAUGGCAGUGAAGUUACAGCGCUGUAAAAGGUGGUUGUCUUGUAAACGGUACCUAGAAGAAAACUACGGUAUCUCCGUGCACUUCUCCGACGUACAUCAUAACUAUUAUAGUGCGUGGAAAUACACCACGAAAAAAAAAAUUUGUUGUGGAAAGUGA